GGAAUCUGCUUGGUUGUGGUUCCGAGCUUUAAGGUUAUGUAAAAUGUCAAAAGCUGAGCUUUUGCAACAAUACAAAAACGAUGUAAAUAAUCUACGGAAAUGUGCCAAAGAACUAAGUUUCAGUGAUAAAGAGAUAACGCAAAUUUUCAAGCAAUGUUUUAAACAAUUAGACCAAGAGAAUCCAAGCUCAAAUGAAACCCACAAGUAUUUUUCAACAGCCGUCAAAAUAUUUUUCGUAUCCACAUUUUUGUCGAUUUGUGUUUACGUUUUAUUAAAUGUACAUCAACCGACUUCCAGUAUUGUGCUUCGAAAUGUCCAGGGUCUGAUUUAUCCUGGAUUAAAAGUAUUGCGUUUUUUGUCAGUUCCAGUAAUCAGGCGGUUUCCUGCCCUCACAGGAUUGUACGAUGAGAGCUGUUUGGUUGAAAACCCGUAUUUUUAUGUGUCUGACAUGGAGUGUUGGCCAUGUGAAAAUGUGCACUCGGUUGUUGAUUUAACUGGGUUUGAUAACUACAGUUUGCACCAAUCUGGGGCGCCUUACGUAGUCAAAACACAGCAAAAAGAAGUUUUCUUUGAAACCCUCAAAGACCUGUACACAAGUCACAAAAAUACGUUUGAUGAUGAGGCCGAUAAAAUUAAAUCAACUAACUCUUCCAUCACUAAUUUACAAGAACUGUUCAGUAUUGGUGUUGAGUCUUCCACUCAUGUUUCUUGGAGAAUUAAUAAAAUGGCCCCAGGAAGGUUAAUAAGGACUUUAUUUCCGAGACCUUACAUAAUUUCUGAAUGGUCUGGACAGAGUAUAGAGCGUUAUGUUAUGAUCGAUGGCCCCAAAGCCGACCCUUACGUACUACCUAACCCUGAAUGUAGCUACGUAAUCAUAACACAAGGGACAGGUGAACGCACCAUAAUCCUCAAACCCUCCAGAGAAUGUGGAGAUGUCUGUAGAACAGUUUCAGUAAUACUGAAACCUUCCUACGUUUUAUGGUACAAUUGGUGGUACUGGCGCCCGAUUAGUCUUCCGUCAGAAACCUCAUCUGAAGUUUCCGUGAGUUACGUCAGCUCGUAUUGUUAACAGACUGAAUAAUAAAUUAUUUUAACAAA